AUUCAUGGCGAAACACGUUUGUUGACAUUGUUUAUUAAUUUUGUAAAUUUCAGGACAAUACAGAAACUUCGUCAGGGGCCAGCUGAAGGACGCCUCCUGGUGCGGGAAUUUCUCGCUGCAUUGAAGACCUGUUGGUGACCUUCUGCUGUUGUCUUUUCUAUGGUCGGGUUGUUGUCUCUUUGACACAUUCCCCAUUUCCAUUCUCAAUUUUAGAAUAACAAAUUGAGGGAGACCAUUGAUAUCAUGAGGAGAGUUUCCGUGAAUAGAAUACUGAGAAGAAUAAAGAUCUUAAUUGGAGUACUUAUAUUUAUAGCUUUAACUCUACUUCUGUUGAUAAUAUCAUCGAUUCUAAGAUUCAACUGGAAGAUAAAAAUGUCAGAGGCACCAAAACGAUUGAGUGUACAUCCAAUUUCAGAGGCAACUGUAAACGGUAUACCUCUAAUCAUACACCAAACGUGGAAAUCAAAUAAUGUUCCAGAUAAGUGGAAAGACGCACAGGCUUCUUGGACAAAUCAGUCGGUGAUAUAUCCAUUAAAACGCAAAUACAACGAAUUCGUUUACAUGUUAUGGACUGAUAAAAUGUUAGACACUUUCAUAAAUGAGAAGUAUCCAUGGUUCUACAAUGCUUUUCAUAGUUAUCAUUUUCCUAUAUCACGGACGGACGCUGGAAGAUAUUUUUUGUUAUACCAUUAUGGCGGAGUUUAUUCCGAUUUGGAUAUAGGAUGUAAUAAUCAGUCGAUAAGAAAGAUAUUGUCUAGUAUAGAAAGCCAUCAAGGAGUCAGUAUCAUGGAAGUUAAACCAUACGGGUUUUCUUUAGAAGUGCUAAUAUCUGCGAAAGGUCAUCCAUUUAUGAAGUCCGUGAUAUCUGGUUUGAUAUCAGCUCAAGCAAGAUAUCCUAUUCCAUACCUAACAGUGUUGCUAUCUGCAGGUCCAUUAUAUUUUACCGCAAAAUAUGGAUUAUAUAAAAAUAAGCAUGAAAUACAUAUUGUGAGUCCUUCGUUGUAUGAAGGGAAAUAUUUCAAGCAUUAUCACGGUGGAAGCUGGCAUAGCUGGGAUGGAGAAUUAAUUUGGUGGUUUUAUAACCACGGACCAUUAUUUUUAAAAUUGAUAAUAUUAGCAGUCAUUAUUUUUGGAAUUGUGACUUUAAAAAAUAACUACAAGGUUUUAGGUAAGCACAGAAAUAGUCAUAUAUCAUAAUUAGACAGAUUUAAACCAGUAACUGUGUUUCAAUUCUUUUAUUUAUUAGGUGAAGAAUUUUCCGUCUCUUUCAAUUUUGAAACAAAUUGACAUUUGAUUACACUUCUGAUCAAUAAUAUAAAAUAUAAGGAGGUGUGGCAUGAUUGCCAAUGAGACAACUAUCCACCAGAAAUCAAAUGAAGUUGAUAUAAUCAAUUAUAGGCCACCGCACGGCCUUCAACAAUGACAAAAACCUAAACCGUAUGGACCGCCAUAAAAGGUCCCGACAUUAAUAAAUGUGAAACAAUUCAAAUAACGGCCUAAGUUAUAACAAAACAAUUUACAAAGCAUAUGACAGCCAUGAACCAACAACAACCAAAGAACUACAGGCUUCUGACAUGGGACAGGCAAAUACGGAUUGUGGCCGGGUUAAACAUGUUAGUGAGCGCUCAACCAUCAACCUAACUUGGAACGAUGGUAUAAAAUUCCAACAUAAGAACAAAUUGUAAAAAUCAGUUGCAAUUGGCUUAACUCAAAAGAUCGGUACGAGGCAAACAAACAACUAUCAUAAAAACAAUAGACACAAAGCACCGAUAUAAGAGUGCUCGCAGUUACUGAAAGCUAGUUUUAAAGCCUAUGACAACUAAUAAAUAAUUUUUGCAUCUAGCGCCUGCAGUUUUUGAGGAAAUGGCAAACACUUGCGAAAUUAUUUUAAAAGGGUUAUUUCUAAGGCGAUAACUCUAACAUAGGUUGUCCGAUUUUCCUGAUAUUUCAAGAUAGAUGGACUCAUUUUGAUCUUUAGUUAUUGUCGAAAACUAUAUUCCUGACUUCCAUACGGUAUUAAAACUGAAAGUGACCACUACAUGUAUAUGUAUGCGUCUGAUCACUUGUUAAAAUGAAUCAAUAUUUGAGUUUUUUUUUCAUUAUGCAAUCCAAGAAAUGACAAUCGUCUGUGAAAAAAAAACUUUUAAUGAUUAAUUUACCUAAAUUUGUCAAUGACAGUCAUUUAGAAUAAAAAGAAAUAAUAUACUUAAAGCAUGUGUGUAGAUCAGCAGCAAAUACAAUCUGGAUACUUGAAUUAACUUUCAUAACUUAAUUCACCUUUAAUUAGUGGGUUUUUUUUGUGUGUGUGGAAUUAUUCUAAAAUAAGUUUCCAAUAAAAUUGAGAAUGGACAUGGGGAAUGUGUCAAAGAGACAACAACCCGACCAUAGAACAGACAACAGCAGAAGGUCACCAACAAGUCUUCAAUGCAGCGAGAAAUUCCCGCAACCGGAGGUUCAGUGAUAAUGAACGCCAUACUAAACUCCAAAUUGUACACAAGAAACUAAAAUUAAAAAUAAUACAAGACUAACAAAGGCUAGAGGCUCCUGACUUGGGACAGGCGCAAAAAUGCGGCGGGGUUAAACAUGUUUAUGAGAUCUCAACCCUCUCCCUAUACCUCUAGCCAAUGUAGAAAAGUAAACGCAUAACAAUACGCACAUUAAAAUUCAGUUCAAGAGAAGUCCGAGUCUGAUGUCAGAAGAUGUAACCAAAGAAAAUAAACAAAAUGACAAUAAUACAUAAAUAACAACAGACUACUAGCAGUUAACUGACAUGCCAGCUCCAGACUUCAAUUAAACUGAUUGAAAGAUUAUGUCUUCAUCAUAUGAAUAUCAGGCACAAUCCUUCCCGUUAGGGGUUUAGUAUCAUACCAUCAUAACAUAUAUGAGAAGAACAUAACCCGUGUCAUGCCAACAACUGGUUUUUAAAUAAAUGUGUUUAGUUCCAAGUAGGAAUUUCUUUGGUUUUUCAAGAAUAUUAAGUAAGUAAAAUGUAUAUUCACAUAUUAUAAGAAUUUGUCAACAAUCUAAUUACUAUGUAGGCCAAAGAAGAACAAUUCUUUGUUACAUGUACGCUUACUUGUAGAUUUCCUGAUAGUUGGAGAUGAUAUUCACCAAAUAUAUUUUAAAAAUUCAUUUUGAAAUAAAUGAUUUGUACGAGGACAUUUAUGUCCAAAAGUAAAUCAGUUGGUUCAAAGUAAGGACAUUCUACAUUGUAUACUGAUGUGUAGAUUACUAGGUAUAAUUAUGGAACAAGAAUGAUUUUGAUGUUUGAUAAAUGUCGUCAAUAGUU